AUGAAUUUAUCAAAAUAACAGGAAGAAGCUCCAAUCAUUUAAAAAGGGAUUCAAUUAACUAAGUAGGAUAAAGUAAAUAAAUAUAGAUAUUAAAUGAAUAGAUUUAUCAUUUUGAUAUGUUAUCUUGGGCGUCUGCAGGUGCUACCUUAGUUUCAAUAUGGUAAAUAAUAAUACCGUUUACACUCUUUUCUUUGAAUAAACCAUAAUUGAUUUUAGGAAUUACGAGUAUCUUUUUUCUUUUGAUCAGUUUGGUGGUUUUAUAUUGGAGUCAUAAGGGAUACAAUUUUUAUAAGAAAGUAAUGUAUAAAAAUUUAAAUUUGUAGGAUAAGAAUGAUGAAUAAAUGCCUUUGCAAGCUUGGCAUAUUGAAGGCUUGAUCUAUGUUAUUAGUUUCAUUUUAAUAGCAUUAUAUGCAAGUUGUUUCUUUGGCAUAUUAGAAAAUGAAGGAUAUUCAUGGGCUUUAAUGGCUGCUUAAGGAGUUCCAGUAAAUACAGCUUAAAAGGAAGCUUUCAUUAUUGUUUUAUCUUAAUUGAUACUAAUUUUAGUGGAUUUAGUGCUUUUAGCUUAUUAUACUAAAGUAUCAUACCAUCUAGAAUUUUAACCAAUGAAUUUGCCAUCUUUAUUAGGUUGGUUUUUGACAAUGUAAAAUUAUAAUUAUGAUUAAAGAUUUAUCUUUAUGUGUUGUAUAACAAUAGGAGAUACAAAUUAUUUACCAUCAAAAUUAGGUGGGAUAGUAGAUAAAGAAAGUAUGGAGAAAGCAAAGGGAGCACAUACAUCAAUAUUUUGGACUUGUUUAAUAGGUUUAAUAUUUUCUUUAUUUACAUUGUUUGAAUAAAGAUCAAUAUAAUAAGAAGUAUUUCCAAAAGUGAAAUUUUAUUUUUUACCUUUCCUUUUAAUAAUGGUGGCUAGUGUAUUUUUAAUAUCAAAUUCUUUAAAUUUCUUAUAUGCUUCAAGUUAAUCUAUUUAAGAAUUGAAGAAAGAUUGUAAAUCAACAAUUUAAACAUUCUCUUAAACAUAUAUAGAUUCAAUAGGAUGUCCAGCUAAAUAUAAGACAGUGAAUAUAUAAGGUAGUAAUUAUUUUGAUAUGUAUUGUUCAUAAGAUGAGGUUGGAAUAGUAUGGGAAAAUGAAGUAGAUAAACCAAAUUCAGAAAAAAGGAAUCAAUUAGCUUGUAUGAAUUUGUCUUGUUGUUAUUUAGUAAGUGAAGAAAGAACUCUAUUUUAUAAACAAUAUUUUUUUUAUUCAAUAUUGACUGCAUUUUUAGGAUUUAUAGCAGCAGGUCAUUGUUUUGAUAUAGCUCUUUAAGAACCAAAUGUUAUAAAGGCUGGACCAUCUGUUUAUUCAUAAACAUAAUAUAUAGUAUAAAUAGUUUUGGCAUUAUUUUCAAUUAUUCUUGGAAUUUAUUUGUCUAUAAAAUAUAAUUAGAAAGUACCAAUAAAAUUACCAGAAUUUAAUUAUAAGGAUUAAAUAAAUUUAGAACCAAAAUAUUUUACUAAUUUAACACCAUUAUCUUCAAUACCAUAAUGUUAAGAAGUGAGAGAUUAACAUAAUAAAGCAUUUAAAGUUCAUUUUGAUCAUAAUGCUUGUGCAGGUUAAGCAAAAUGUUCUAGAAUGGGAUUUCAUGCUUGUUUAGAAUCAUAAAAUGGAAUUUUUUAAUUAUUACCAACAUUUCAAGAUUAAGAAAUAGCAAUUUUUGGUAAUCAUGCAUAUGAUCCAUAUGUUCUUUAAAAAGCAUUAAAUGGUGAAUAAACUACUGAUAAAUUAUGUUUUGAAGGUUUAGAAGGACCUAUAAAUUAAUUAUUGAAUUCAAAAGUAUAUAUAUGUCAUCCUUCAGAUAAAGAAGCAAUUGUUAAAUUUUAAACAAAAGAAAAAGAAAUUAUUUUUGAAUAAAUGAUUUAAUAUUAAGAAAAAGAAUUUGAUUUAAUUAGAACUGUUAAAUUACCUUAACUUUCUCAUAAUAAAAGAAAUCAUAAGGAUUUAGAUGAAACAAGUGAAGAAGAAAGUUUAGGAUAGUAUACUACAGUAACUUUAAUUGUUAGUGAUGCUGAAACAUUUGAACCUAUUGUUGGAGCAACAGUUACAAUGUACCAAGAUGUGGAUAAAUGUUAGGAAUUAAAUCAAAAUAUAUAUUAUCCUAUUAGAAUUACUCAUACUAAUUCUACAGGAAUGAUUAGUAUAUAUAAUGUUUAGAUGAAAGACAAAAGAUAAACUUUCAAUCUUAUUAUUAGAUAAGAUGGAUAUAUGUUUAAUUGUUUAAUUGUACUCACAAUAAAUUUAUAUUUAGUCUGAUCAUUUAAAGCCAUUCAAAUAAAAUAUAUUCCAUGUUCCAUUAGCAAAAUCACUUACAGAUCAAUAAGAAAUGAAAGUAUUACUUUGGCAUUAAAAUCCUAAAUUAAAUUUAGAAUUAGGUUCAAAUGUACUCUUAAAUAAGAAUUAAUAAUGUAGUGUUGGCUUUUUCUUUUCAGAAUGUUCCUUUAUGAAAUUCACAUCUAAUCCAAAAAGCAAAAAUUAAAUUUCAAGAGUUAUAACUCUAGAAAAGAUAAUAUAAUUUAAUUAUAUUUUUUUUGUUAGACAUCUCCCCAUCAAUUCUGAUAUUAUAGAAGUUGUUAACAAUAAAGGUUUAUCUCUUGUAGCAAAAUUAUAAGCAGAAUUAUAAUAAGAAAUAGCAGAAUUUUAAAAAGCAUAACCUAAAGUCUCAAUUUAUUCAAAGAAGAAUCCUUAUCCACAUAUACAUGAAAUGCCUCAUACUUUAUCAGCUGAAAUUGAUACUACUCCUGAUUUACUCAUAUGGCUUUCCUUUUGUAUGAAUGGUAAAAUUGGCCCUGAAUCAAGUACACCUAUUAAUCACUUUUGGGAAAAGAAAGAUGAAUCCAAAUUUUGGUAACGACAUACUGUUUAACCAAAUACUUUACCAGAUUCUUCCAUUUGCGAUAAAAUGUAUAAAUAAUAAUAAUGA